AUGUUGGUGCUACUGGCUGGCAUCUUUGUGGUUCACAUUGCCACUGUUAUCAUGCUCUUUGUCUCCACCAUUGCCAAUGUUUGGAUGGUGGGUUCUUCCACCACAGGAACAAUCUCAUCAGGACUCUGGCUACUGUGCAACAGGACCUGUGAUACACUGCCAGUCAGCAGUAGUGAUGAGGCUGCCCUCAAAGCCACGCAAGCCUUUAUGAUCCUCUCAAUCAUCUUCUCCAUCGUUGCUCUCGCCAUGUUUAUUGUCCAACUCUUCACUCUGGAGAAAGGCAAACGUUUCUACAUCACUGGAGCCAUCAUGCUGGUUUGCUGGAUGUGCAUUCUGAUCGGAGUCUCCAUUUACACAGCUCGGUUCACAGGCACGAUGAGAGAGUUCGAACGUCCUCACCAUGGCUACUGCUUCAUAUUGGCCUGGAUCUGCUUUUGCUUCAGUUUCAUCAUUGGCAUUCUCUACCUUGUUCUUAGGAAAAAAUAA